AUGAAAUUUUCAACUCUCUCCAUCAUCUUCUUAAGCGCUUUACCAGCAUUCUCUACUCCACUAGAAGAACGAAGUGAACCUCAUUCACAUCAAUUAGAAUCCAGAGCCACUCAAUCUAGUCAAGGAUGGUAUGCUUACGGAUGUUAUUUUGAUUGCUACAACGGGAUGAAUCGUAGAUUACCAAUACUUGCAUAUGUAGACCCCAACAAUAAUCCAGAUAUGUGUGUUCAAUAUUGUCUUGAUCACGGACACAAGUAUGCUGGAUUACAAUGGGGUAAAGAGUGUUAUUGUGGAGAUUCAUUAGCUGGAGAACCUGCCAAACCAGAUGAGUGUGAUCACAAAUGUGCGGAUGGAAAGAAUAAAUGUGGUGGACCAUGUAGGAAUAACAUUUGGUCAGCAUUAAGAAAACCAGGUCAUUAG